AUGUUUAGACAAAUUUUGAUCGACUCACGCGAUAUCGACUAUCAACGCAUCCGGUGGCAGCCGGAUGGCCUUGACGCGCCUCGGGAUUACAACCUACUGACGGUCACUUAUGGCAUGACUUGCGCCCCGUACUUGGCGCUGCGCGUACUGAGGUGUCUAGCCGACGACGAGGGUGACCGGUUCCCUCUUGCCGCCUCGAUACUUCGUAAGCAAAUUUAUGUGGACGACGUGCUUUUCGGGGACAAUGAUGUCGAUUCCUUGCGUCAGCGCCGAGACCAGCUUGUUUCCUUGCUGCAACGCGGCAAGUUCGACUUGCGCAAAUGGGCUAGCAACUCCCCCGAAUUACUCGCGGAUAUUGAUCCUUCGAAUCACGGCCUAGCUUGCAGCAAGUCUAUCGCGAUUGACGAAAAGGUUAAGGUGCUCGGGAUCGUCUGGAACCCCGCGCGCGACGUCUUUCAAUUCAAGGUGGUUAUCGAACCCGACGCUCCCCAGAGCAAACGCACCAUUCUCUCUGCUAUCGCGAGACUGUACGACCCCCUUGGUUGGGUCACGCCGGUCACCGUCUCUGCGAAAAUCAUUCUGCAACGGUUGUGGCGCUGUCAGCUUGGAUGGGACGAUCGAGUUCCGGAUUCCGUUUUCGCGCAUUGGCAGCUCCUUUAUUCGAAGCUGCCGUCUCUCAACCGUCUCUCGCUCCCUCGGUGGACGGGCGCGCAACCGGCGUCCCGUCUCGAGCUGCACGGCUUCGCCGACGCGUCUACUCACGCCUACGCCGCGGUCGUUUAUUUGAAAGCGAUCACGUCGGAUGGCGACGUUACGGUUUCGCUGCUCGCGG